AUGGCGUCCGAGGAGUGUGCAACACGGCCGGAAAGUAGUCCAAGCACCAAGGAUGGCAAGUCGAGGCUGCGAUUCGACGAGAGCGUCACCGUGAUUUACGGAACCGGGGAAACCGAGAUUGAGACGCUUCACGUUCCAGAAGACUCCUCCUCCGCCUCUGGUGCGGAGCCUCGCGAGGCCGCGAGUAGUCAAUCGGAUGGAGCCUUCCGGGACGAAGCAGACGGCUCUUCUGAAAGCCAUGGCCAACAAGCCGCAGCGGCGUUCGGAAUGCGUCACGGGGAGGCGGAAGGCGAUGACCUCGCGGAUGACUUUGAUUAUUUAGAUCUGGAGGAUCUGGAGCAGACGUGGCCGGAGCGGAGGGAGAGCAUUCUGGGCACGCGAUGCGGAUCGCCCAAGGGCGCCACGGAGAUCGGAAUAAUGCGGUCGGAUGCGAUUAGGUUCGGCGGCCCUCGCGAGUCGCUGAAAUCUUGGACACCGCAACCACGCGCGUGA